AGCUUAUACCACAAAAUAGGCACUUAAGUGCAAUUGACUUUUAUCCUGGAUUUCCUAAUUUGUAUGUCACAUCAAGUGCUGAAAUCCUACAAACAGUGCUUAUGAUUUAUUCCAAAGACAAAGAAAUGCCUCUUCCAACUCAAGAAGAAGUAUUAAUUUGUAAUGAAAAGACAACUGCUGAAGAGGUAAUUUUGUUAUGGCGCAGGGCUAUUUUUGAUCCUGGACAUAAAAGAAUUUUUUGCUUAGUUCAUGGUGAAAAACUAUCGUAUUCUACAUGCGAAGAAUCAUUGAGAGAACUCAACAGAUUGAAGCAGGGGAAAAAAGGCUAUCGUCUUGUAUUGUUAUGUAGUAAUAAUGAAGAUUCUCUUCAUUUUAUUACUGCAUUACAUUCUUAUAAAAGGAGUAAUCCUGAUAUAUCAGGACCUAUUCUAAAAGAAUAUCUACUACAUCACCUUAUUAAGCCAAAGCAUACAAGUAUUGGCACAAUUUCUUCUGCUAUACAAGCAUCUUCUGUAGAUCCACAUUGUUCCUAUGUCCGUAUUGUUCAAUCUAAAAAUCCUGGGAAUGGAAAGUCAUUAUAUAUUCAGCGUUUAGGAGAAAGGCUGAUGAACUCAUUAAAUAUUGAAAUACCAAUAAUAAGAAUCCCUAUUCAUGGACCUGAUGUUCCUUACAAUAAUAUUUUAAAUAAACUUAGUGAUCUGACACAAGAUGAUACGAAAAUUAUUCACUUUGAUAUUGCAUCCACAAUGCUGAAAAAAGUGGAAAGUUUUUUGUUUUAUGUUCUUGUUUUGGGCUAUUUGAAAGAUCUUAGAGGAAAUACGUGGAGAAGGCAAAUUUCACAAAUGUAUACUAUUGAAGUUACUCUAUCUGACCGCCAAAAUCAUGAAGCUACUUACAAUUUGUUGCGUUUAUUUCCAAAAGCAUUGUGUUUAUCACCAAGUAACUGUCGCUAUAUUAACAAGUCCAAUGCAUGUGAGUCGACAUGUAGAUCUACUAGAAGCUUUUAUUUGUGGAUUAUU